GUGUAAUACAUUUAUGAUACAAAGUAGUUUGUUCCUUUGCUUACAACGGGAAGCCGGUCUUUGGUCAACAUGGUGUCCGGUCUGCUGUUACGGAGAAUAUUUCUGACCGUUGCCGAAGUCAGCAGCCGCGUUUCGCUCGGUACGAGAGGCCAAUGGUUUGGUUUCACGACGUCAACAACCAGAUUCAGCGAGUCCUCCUUGCCCAACCCCGAUUCGGUGGUGAGCUACAAGCAGCUGAAGAACAUGUUGUCCACUCACAACGUCCAGCUGUUUGAUGUCCGCAACCAAGAUGAGUUCAUGGCUGGACGCAUCCCGGACUCUGUAAACAUCCCAUUGGGCCAGCUAGAGGAAUCUCUAAAGCUGUCACCAGAGCACUUCCAGCUGCAGUUCGAGGUGAAGGCUCCUGGGAAAGAUGAUGACAACAUUGUGUUCCACUGCCAGAAGGGCCGGAGGAGCGCCGAAGCUCUAGCCAUCGCCCGACAACUGGGCUUCAACAGGGCUCGGCACUACCAGGGGGGGUACAGUGAUUGGGCCGCGCAUGAGGGAAAGUGAGUCACUUUACAUCCAUAACAUGAAGCCUGUAUCGGAGUUCUAAUCCAGCCCUAUAACUCCUCUAGUCUGAGUACUGCACCAGAAAAGACCCAAGACCCACAUCGAAACACACGUCUACACAGGAAUUGUAUUUAGAGGACUCAAGUUUUCAGUUACUGUUCCUGACUGAUUGACCUCAGUUAUCUAUGACAACUAACUAACUUGGAAUGGGUUGUUCUGCAUCCUUAUUUCCUACCUCAUUUGGCUGAAAGACUGAUGUGAAAUGUAAAAGGCAAGAUCAUAAACUGAGAGACUUCAUCAAUAAAGUCAAUAUUUAGGAUUU